AUGUCCGACGAUAACAUCACAUCCGCGUCCGUGGUAGAGGAAAAGGAGGAGGAGCACGAGGAGACCAAGGUCGAGCACGAGGACUUGCAGGAGCUGGUCGAUGACAUAGCCGACGCCGCGCCCUCUGUCUCGCCCAGUCGUCUGAAGCCGAGCAAGAAUGGCGUGGUAGCGGCUCUCAAAAAGGUGGAUGAGACCAUCUUGCGAAUCAACAAGCUCCUAGCCUCUCCAGGCGGCCUCUCCGCAUUCCUCUCCACCUUCAACUACUCGCUCUACAUCCUCGCCUACCUCCAAGCCAAAUCGCCCGCCCUCUCGAGCUUUGCCCGAAGGCUCCUCGCCCUGGUCCGCCGCACGACCGACAACACAAAGCUUUCGGCGGCGAGCCUCGGCAACCAUGGCGGCGACGUGCCCCCCGUGGCCGCCCUCGCCGUCCUCAUCUCCAAGGCGCGCACGACGUUGCGCCUGUUUGGCCUCUUCCCGCUCUACACCUGGUUACGCACAUUGGCGGCAGGACCCAAGCCCGGCGCCGACGGAGUGCUGCACAAGCUUGCGCUGCUGCAAGCUAGCAGCUACUUCACCUACCAGGUGCUCGAAAACAUCUCGCUCCUUGCAGACUCGGGUGUCGUAUCCCCCUCGACCGUGGCAGCGAUCAACCGCGGCGACUCAAAAACGGCUCGUCUCUACCUGUGGGCCUACCGCGCAUGGCUGGGCGGCGUUUCGUGCGACUUCUUGCGCCUUGCGCGUGAGUGGCAGCUCGAGAGCCAUAGGAGGUCCGUCAGGGCGCAAAUGGUCGGCGAGGGCAAGGCCAUUGCCGAAUACCAGGACGAAGAGGACGCCAAGUUCGACUCUAGGUGGUGGACCGAUCUCAUGAUUGCGAGCGCAUGGUUGCCCAUGGCUCUUCAUUUCAGUAGCGCCACGGGUGGCAUCCCUGGUUGGAAUCUGGGCUGGAUGGGCUUGUGUGGUCUGGUUGCAGGGAGCACGAGGGUCAAGGCACUGUGGGCAAGCACUGCCUAG